GAACCACCUGUCUGUCAUGUGUCAGUGUCAAAUGUAUCGUAUGGCUGUCAAUAGAUGAUUUUGAACUUUUGAAUAUUUUGCUAAUUUUGAGUAAAGUCAUAAUAUUGAGUCUCAAAUAGGCAUCUGUAUUUUAAAGAUUUGAGAUUGAUUAGUAGUGCCUGCGCAUUAAAUGGCUAAUUGGUUCUAUUGAUUCGGAAGUGUUUAUUAUUCAAAUAGUAGAAAUGCGUCACGAAAUGCCGGUGGUCACUAUUCAAUGUGAUUGGAAUGAAGUUAUUAGAUUACCCAAUGCAGAAGCUUGGAUAUCUUCCAAAAAGUUAUAUGAAAAUAGUAUACAUGACAAGAUUAAAACAACAGUCAACAAAGGGGAUGGAAAAAUUAAAAUUAAUUUUUCAGACAACUACAGUUACAUAUCUCAUGGGAAUUUGAAUUUAGUUGUGAAACAUAUGAGCUCUGGUUUAAAGGUGGCAUUUGUUGCACCCACCAAAGAUCACAAAGUUCAUAAUAAAGCAGUUUUGUCUAUAUCUACAGCAGAAAACGCAUUGGCAGCGUCAUCUUGUGAAGAUGAUAAAUUAUUGGUGUGGGAUACCAGAAACAGUGAGAUACUUCUUGAUUUAAAAGGUCAUGGAGGUCCAAUAUAUAGGUGUAGAUUCUUUCCAUCUGGCAUAGUUGUGUUGUCAGCUGGUGCCGAUGGAUCUUGCCGGAUUUGGUCAGCUGAAUCUGGAAUAAAUCCAGUUACACUUAAAGGGCACACCAUGGCAAUCACAGAUAUUAAUAUUGUUGAAAAGGGAAGAAAUGUUAUAUCUGUUAGCAAAGAUGGCUCUGCAAAGCUAUGGGAUGUUGGUGAAUCUAAAUGUUUGGACAAUGUUAUAGAGGGACAUGGACCAAUAAAUUGCUGUGCUAUUGCUAUAACUACAGAUGAAGUGGAAGUUGAAAAUGAGAGAGAGGUGGGCACCAGUAACAAACUCUUAGUUGUUGGCUGUGAAAGUGGCUUGGUGAUAUGUGCGCAUGUGGCGAAAAGACAAGAGCUAUUUUGUAAGCAGCUGGAGUCAGCAUGCAAUGCAUGUAUCAUUGUAAAUGACAGUAUAAUUGUUGGAUGCACCACUGGAGAAAUCUUCCAGCUAAAUCUAAAAGAUGGCUCAAUAAUAAGUGAAUGGCACGAGUCUGCCAGUCCAGUGUUAAGCCUGGCAACACUGCCGAACGAUAUGUUUGCUGUCGGCCGUCAAGAUGGCACGUGUACUGUGUUAUCAUUACAAGAAGCGCAUUCAAGCAUUCGAGUUCAGUUGACAGGCCCAGACUGCGAUGGAAUCAGAGAUAUAGCUUUUAAUGGAAAAUGGCUCUUGACAGCAUGUAGAGACUCUGUUAUCAGGAAGUAUGACUACAAUCAAAUCAAUGUUCACUAUAAGUGACAUUUGCACAUGCAUUGUAAAUGUUAAGACCAUUAUAAUUAGUGUUGCUAGGUCCGAUUUGUCUUAAAUGGGGACAGAAGGUAAAACAAAUUGCGAUUUGGGUUUGUAGAUCCGGACACUAGUUUGGGCGUAUUGUCGCAUUCAAAAUAGUCAUGCGACUUGCACUUUAUUCUUAUAAUAAUGGUUUGUGAUAAUUUAUUGAUUUAUUGGGACAUUUAGUGUCCGGAUCAGGUGCAAAUCGGGACUCGUUCUCGAAAUUAUGAAAAUCGGGAUAUCUCGCGCAAAUUGGGACACCUGGUAAUUCUAAUUAUAAGGUUCCCUAAGUAGUUUUAAUUUCGUCUUAGAUUUUUCCUUAUAUAUAUGCACAUAACAAUAGGAAACAUUAUUAAAAAUAUAGAAGAUAUGUCUAUUAAUUUAAAUUGUAAAUAAAUUAUAUCUCAAAGUAUUUUUUUGCACAUAGAUAUCUGUUUGCUAUACAUCAAUAUUCUCAAUUGAAUUUUAUAUAGACCUUAUUACGUGCAUAUUACGUAUGAUAUUUGUAAAUGUGUAAUUCUGCUGAAUGCAUUUAAUACAUUUAAAAUAUGAAAUAGUCAUUUUGUACGGAGUUUAAAAUGAUUCUUUAGUGAUAGUAUCUACUUAAUUCUUAUUUAACCGUAAUAAGCAGGAUAUCAAAGUUUUAUGCGUUUAUGCAAAUUGCGCACUAAUGUGUCUGUAUGUGUAUAUGUUAUCUUUCGAUAUGAAGUAAGAGUAAUGAAAAAAACUCAGAAAUCCAAUAAAAGUAAAAACAAAAA